UGGAUCAAAGCACGCGGGGCACCCAGUACACACGAACCGCGCGCGCCACCGCCAACCCUCCGCAGACGACGCCGCCCCCGAGCACCCGCCGCCGCCUCUUCGGCAGUGUUACGAGCUGGUUUUUGAGUUUUUGUACUUUUUUCUUCCGUCGCACGAUGUGUCGGGAUUGAAGCGAGGACUAUUGAGGACGUUAAGGACGAUUCGGGGUACGAUGGAGACCUGCGUGCUGAUACCGCAGGAGUUCAGUUUGUGCGUGCGGGGUCCCGCGAUCGGGAACAGGAAACAGGAGCCGGAGGUGUCGGUCUGGUCCAACACGACCAUCGCCCAAGGCUCGUUGUGUUAUCCUUUCCAAGGCACCAUACGCAUCGACAAUUUAGACGUUUACGGACAACUUGACGAUGACGAUAUAAGACACAGGUUCGGGUGUUACGACGAGAUAUCGGGCAACGGGCCGCGACGCGUCCGCCACUGCAACUGGGUGCGGUUCGUGCGCGUCGCCGCCGCCUUCAACCCCGCCGUCAAUUUCGUGGCGACGAAGGUGCGGGGCGAGCCCGUCUACGAGGCGGUCAAGACCAUACAGCCCGACACGGAGCUGCUCGUCUACUAUCUGCCGGAGAGGCCCGAGGAGUUGUUCUUCGUCAGGAUGAGGGCGUCCCUGUAUCGACAGACUAUGGACUCCAUACUGGAAGAUUCGCCGCUGGACCUGUCCAUGUCGUUGCUGUCCAGGGCCCUAACGGGAUCUCCGCCGUCGGCCGAAGACGAACGUAAGUCGGUGUCGGGGGACAGUUCGGCGGCCAGCUCGCAGGGCGACAUCCCCGAACAGACGGUGCCCACCCCCAGGGCCAGGCCGAGGGAGCGCACCCUGCUGCCCUGCGGCGUCUGCAGCAAAGCCUUCGACCGACCCUCGCUCCUCAAGCGACACAUGAGGACCCACACCGGUGAAAAACCUCACGUCUGCAUGGUGUGCGGGAAAGGGUUCAGCACGUCGUCGUCGCUGAACACCCACAGGAGGAUCCACAGCGGCGAAAAGCCGCACCAGUGUCCCGUUUGUUUGAAGAGGUUCACCGCCUCGUCCAACUUGUAUUAUCACAGGAUGACACACAUCAAAGACAAGCCGCACAAGUGCAACUUGUGCAGCAAAUCGUUCCCGACGCCGGGCGACCUCCGAUCUCACAUGUACGUCCACUCCGGCUCCUGGCCCUUCAAGUGUCACAUCUGUUCGCGGGGCUUCUCCAAACACACCAACCUUAAAAAUCACCUGUUCCUUCACACCGGUGACAAACCGCAUGCCUGCGAACUGUGCACCAAAAAGUUCGCCCUCGCCUGCAACCUGAGGGCACACAUGAAGACGCACGAAGGCGACCCGCAGGAGGAGUGCACGAGGUGCGGGAAGAUGUUCCUGUGCGAGAAGAACGGGCCGAAGGUGUGUUCCGGCUGCGACGACCGAUCCAGCGACAGCAAUCACUCGGAUAACGCCACCUAGAGCUAAAACAUCGGUUGAAACUUGAAAAAUGCUCAAUUAAUUAAUUAAUUAUUUAUUAGUUAUGUUAUUAUUAAGUAUUAUUGUUUUAUUAUUAGGUGGCAAUGUGAGCAAACUUUUAUUGGUGUUCAUUUUUGCCGUUCGCAUAACUUGAUUGAUAUUUCCUUUUGCGUACGAUGCUCGCCACACACCUUGUAUGAACGUUAAUUAGCGUCUUUUAUUUUUUGGCGUGGUAUAAGGCGAUUUUAAUGAGUCUUACACACAUGUAUAUAGUUAUUUAUUAUAUCAAUCAGACGGAUUAGGAAGAUUGCUCAUUUGAAUACGCAUUAAUUUAUUAAUAAAAUAUGGAUUUAAGGUAAUUGGCACUGUUACCAGGAUGUGGCCAAAAUAUAUUUUUGUCAAACUCGUGACUAUGGUCUGGACGUUGUAAUUGCGCCACAUAAAAAAGUUUCUGUUAAAAGAUCAAUGACAUACAGUGCAAAAAGUGGGAUGAUAUAAAAACAGAAACCUGUAAUACCCUCUUUAGGGUUUUGUUGGAGAGAUGGCGAAUUUUGUUCUGUAAAGUGUUCUGUUAUUAAAUUAAAAUGAAGUUUUCAAUCGAAGAUAUUUUAUCUGAAACUAUAAAAUAAUGUUAAUAAGUUGAAUUGGUGUAAACAAUAAAAUUCAA